AUGGUUUACCCAGAAACUUUCACUGCCUUCAGAUCUCCUUCUGCGGAGAAUUGGUCGGACUUUCAGAAGCAGGACUUCGCUCCAAAGAAGCUUGAAGAUAAUGAUGUUGAUAUCAAGAUCGAAUGUUGUGGCAUUUGCGCCUCAGAUGUUCACAAAAUCUCCGGCCAAUGGGGUGAUACACCUUAUCCUCUCGCCGUAGGGCAUGAAAUUGUCGGCAGGGUCGUCGGUGUGGGUCCGAAGGUCAACAGCGUCAAACUCGGUCAGCGCGUGGGUAUGGGAGCUCAAUGUUGGAGCUGCGGUGACUGCAAGCAAUGCAAAAACGAUAAUGAAACAUACUGCAAAUUCCAGAAAGAUACAUACGGUGCCCUUCAAUCUGAUGGAACUAUAUCCCAAGGCGGGUAUUCGUCCCACAUCCGAGUACACGACUUCUGGGUCUUCCCUAUUCCCGAAAAACUAGCAUCAGUCGAUGUUGCGCCAAUGUUAUGCGCUGGUAUUACAGUCUACUCCCCACUUGUCCGGAACGGAGCCGGACCUGGAAAGAAGGUUGGCAUUGUCGGCAUCGGCGGCCUCGGUCACUUCGGAAUCAUGUUCGCAAAAGCCCUCGGCGCAGAAGUGUGGGCUAUCUCACGCUCCGAAGCCAAAAAGGAAGACGCUCUGAAACUCGGGGCAGACGGCUACAUUGCUACUGGCGCAAGCGAAAACUGGGCUGAAGAGCACGAAUUCAGCUUCGAUAUGAUCAUAACUACAGCGAACUCGAAUGAAAACUUUGACCUCGGCAAAUACCUAAGUUUGUUGACAGUCCAUGGGAAAUUCAUUAUGGUUGGACUUGCUCCUGGCGACGGGCAAAAAGUUUCAGCUUUUGAUCUCCUUGGAAACGGAUGCUUUAUCGGCGCCAGCCAUCUCGGAAGCCGAACUGAGAUGUUGGCUAUGUUAGAUCUUGCUGCAGAGAAGGGAUUGAAGUCUUGGUCGGAGACAAUUCCUAUUUCAGAGGAAGGCUGCAAGACCGGGGUGACCAGAUUAUUGAAGAAUGAUAUUAGGUACCGUUUUGUCCUGACUGAUUAUGAGAAGGCCUUUGGUCAGUAA